UACUGCAGCGCCAUUUGUCACGUGGCAACUAUUGAAAAUUCUUAUUAUUCGUUGAAUAUAUAAUAAAGAAAAUUCACAAUAAAAUUUUUAAUAUUACAACCGAUCAAAUUGUUGAAGUUUAUUAAAAAUGACAGACGAAUCUAACGGAGAAUCUACGUUCGAGUUUGUAGAAAAAAAAUCGGACGAAACUUCUAUGCCUGGCGAGAUUGUAAAAACUGAUUCAUUUUGCAGUUUAUCAUCGUCUACAUCUCUUUUAACACCUCUGGGUGUUUCCACGUCUACGGGAAAUUUAUUUUCAAAUGUAGCACCACCAGCAGCAUUGCCAAGUUUUGUUUCAAACCCUGUUACAGUUUCCUUUGAAAAAAAUCUUCAAAAUACAAAUGUAUCUGUACAAAAGCAAAAUGAAUUGGUCAAGAAACAACUUGUAUCAAACACUUCUACAGAAAAUAAACAGCAACAAGAAUAUCCAAUUACUUCUGCGCCACAAGCAUCUACAAAUUCAGCUAUCGAAGUGGUAGAAACACAAUUGCAAGAUUCUGGAAUGGUUGGUAGCGGUUUGCUCUCUUGGGUAAAAGAGACCGUAGUUAAUAGCAAUGUUUUAAGCAAAGUUGCGGAGAAGGCAAAAAAUAGCGUUAAUACUAUGAUCACAACAUUAGAUCCACAGAUGCGUGAGUUCAUUUAUUCAGGCGGUGAUAUAGAAGUCAUAGUUGCUUCUGACAAGGAUGUAAAAAUAAGUCCAGUUCGUCAAGCUUUCCAAGCAGUUUUUGGUAAAGCAACGGUAACUGGUAUAUCAGUGGAUUGUACUGCCAUAGCUACUCAACCAGUUGGUUUUGCUGCUGGUGUGAAAGGUGCCGAAGAGAGAAUCAACUCGGCACGCAAUAUUUCGUCUUUGCCAAAGGAUAUUCCUAUCAUUGCCAUUGAAAAUUUUUUACUAGAAAUAGGUGAAGACAAGUGGUACGAUUUAGGAGUGAUUCUUCUUAAUGAUCCAAAACACAAUGUAAAUCUUCAAACGUUUACUCAAAUGACUCCUGUACCAAGUCAAAUAGUUGCAUUAGCACAAGAAGCAACGCCAGAAGAUUAUCCUCUUAAAUGGUCUGGAUUAUCGGUUACAGUUGGGAGUUUAAUGGCCAACAGUUUACAAGUUUCUCACAAUGAAUGGCAUCAUGCAUUAACUGGGGUUUCAAGAAGAGACGUGAUAUUUUUAGCAGUUCAAUCCCUCGCUGGAAUUUAUAAAAAUACGAUAAAUCCUGUGUAAUAUUUGAAUCAAGGCCGUCAAAAAAUAACAAUUUGUAAAUAUAAUUAUAUUAAUACAAAAGAUAACAAAUAAGGUUUAGGUCGUUAGAUAGAAAGUAUGAUAUCAAAUAUAGUUUAACAAACUGAAAAUAAGACGAUAAAUAUCUAUAUACAAUGAAAGGAGACAGAUCUUCGUAAAAAUUAAUCAAUAUGCGUAAUGUGUAUAAAUUAUUUAACAUUUUAAGAAAAUUUAAAAAUGAAUAAACUAAUAACAUCGA